AUGAGGUCACAGGGCGGAAUCGAACCGCCGACCCUCCGAUCUCUAUCCGACCCUCUCUACUACCAGCCACCCAUGUUUCGAACCAGACAUGUCAUUAGAACCUGGGGAGCGUUCUCAGUGGUGCGGCGCUGUGUCAAGGUUCUGUCGGGUCAGGAGUACGCCGCCAAGAUCAUCAACACCAAGAAGCUCUCUGCCAGAGAUCAUCAGAAGUUGGACCGUGAAGCUCGAAUCUGUCGAUUACUGAAACACCCCAACAUCGGUGAGUACUACUGUGUGUACUGCCAGGUAACAGGUGGAGAGUUAUUUGAAGAUAUUGUAGCCAGAGAAUAUUACAGUGAAGCUGAUGCCAGUCACUGUAUCCAGCAGAUUUUGGAGGCGGUGCUACACUGUCAUCAGAUGGGCGUGGUGCACCGAGACCUGAAGCCAGAAAACCUGCUUUUGGCCUCCAAGUCGAAAGGAGCGGCAGUGAAACUGGCUGAUUUUGGCCUUGCCAUCGAAGUGGAGGGAGACCAGCAGGCCUGGUUUGGUUUUGCCGGGACUCCUGGAUAUCUGUCUCCGGAGGUUCUGAGGAAGGAUCCAUACGGGAAGGCGGUCGACCUGUGGGCCUGUGGUGUGAUUCUUUACAUCUUGUUGGUCGGUUAUCCUCCGUUCUGGGAUGAAGAUCAACAUCGUCUCUACCAGCAGAUUAAGGCUGGAGCAUACGAUUUUCCUUCUCCAGAGUGGGACACAGUGACUCCGGAAGCCAAAGAUCUCAUUAAUAAGAUGCUGACCAUCAAUCCGGCCAAAAGGAUCACAGCAGCCGAGGCGCUAAAACACCCCUGGAUCUCUCAUCGCUCCACGGUGGCGUCCUGCAUGCACAGACAGGAGACGGUCGAGUGUCUGAAGAAGUUCAACGCCAGGAGGAAACUGAAGGGAGCCAUCUUGACCACCAUGUUGGCCACCAGAAAUUUUUCAGGAGGAAAAAGUGGAAGCAACAAGAAGGCCGACGGAGUCAAGCGGAUGAAGCUAAAGAAGCUUCAUGAAGCUUCACCUGCAGCUCUGAGCGUGCUCAGUACAGGACGCUACCGACGUGACGGGAAACAGAAGGACGGACUUCCUGUCACCUGCAAGACAGGAACCUACACGGUUCUACUGCACCCCAAACUGCCCUCCGUCACACUCACAGUGCGUGAAGAGGAAGAUCAGGACAGCACCAGGCCAGACGGAGUGUCCCCCUCCUGUCUGAAAGCCUGUGCUGGUCAGCUGGCUCCAGUCUGCACCAGGACCUUGAACAGGUCCCUGGAGCAAUGUGAAGUCCCCUCUACCUUCAGACGUUCCACAAUCAUACCGGUUCCCAAGAAACCCUCCAUCACAGGACUGAACGACUACAGACCAGUGGCUCUGACAUCUGUGGUCCUGAAGUCGUUGGACAGACUGGUGCUGAGCCACCUGAGGUCCAUGGUGGGUCCUCUGCUGGACCCCCUGCAGUUUGCCUGUCGGGCAAACAGGUCAGCGGAUGAUCCAGUCAAUCUGGGGCUGCACUACAUCCUGCAACAUCUUGAUGGUCCUGGGAGUUACGCAAGGAUCCUGCUCAUGGACUUCAGCUCAGCUUUCAGCACCAUCAUCCCUGGAAUCCUCUCCACCAAACUCUCCCUCCUCAAUGUGUCUCCAUCCAUCUUUGCAAUCGAUGAAAGCACGGACAUUACUGAUGUUGCGCAGCUGGUCAUAUUCAUCCGCAGAGUUGAUGACACUUUGACCGCCACCGAGGUAUUCGUGGAAUUGGUGACGGACACCACAACAGCAGCUGAUAUUUUCACUGCGCUCGUCGACGCGCUGGACAGGCUCGGCGUGGACUGGUCCCGCGCUGUCAGCCUGGCUACAGAUGGUGCGCCCUCAAUGAUCGGGAGAACGGAGGCAUUAAAGAUGGACAACGUCAUGAAGGUGGUCGUCCAAACUGUUAAUUUCCUCCGAUCCAGAGGCCUGAAUCACCGUCAGUUUGACAACCUUCUCAGAGAGAAACACCACAACUAUGGCCUGCCGUACCACUCCGAGGUGACCAUCCGCUCUUCUUACCUGCGUGUCGCGGCUCUACGAGGCCGUUUCACUCCGACGUUUUUCUCCGCCUCGGUCCGCCGCCAUCUUAGCUCCGAGCGAAGAGUCCAGGACGCUAAAGCGGUCCAACUGCAGCUGAAGUGGUUCCAUCGCGUCCCUCAGGUGUGUUUCAGGUUGUGUCCAGUCUGCGUGGAGCUGCAGUCAGAGUCAGUUCAGAUUCCCCACACCGACCCUGAAACUCGCCUCUUACCGGCUCUCACGUGCUCACACCGGGGUCCGUCCGUGUUGAUGCGCGAGCCGCCAUGUGACCGGCCAAACCGCACGGUUCCAUUAUCGGACAGCCGGCACGUUUCUGCUCAUGACGAAGCGCGCGGAGCUGUUGAGAGCCGACCAGCUCCACAGAUCCAGAGUGGGAGUAUCGGUUAA